CCAGAGACUUCAGCAACUUUUGAAGAGCUGGGUGGAGUGGAUUGAGACAGCCACAGUCACCACAGGUACUUGAGACAUGACGGCUGUUGUCUUCAUAGCCUUCCUGUAUUUGGGAGUGGCCUCAUGUGCUCCAGUACUUGAUCCCAGUUUGGAUGCUGAAUGGCAAGAGUGGAAGAUAAAAUAUGACAAAUCAUAUAGCCUGGAGGAGGAAGAACUGAGGAGAGUGGUUUGGGAAGAAAAUCUGAAAACAAUCAAACUCCACAAUGGGGAGAAUGGCCUGGGUAAGAAUGGCUUCACCAUGGAAAUAAAUGAAUUUGGUGACAUGACUGAUGAAGAAUUCAGGAAAAUGAUGAUUGAAAUACCAGUUCAGACUCACAGAGAGGGAAAAAGUAUUAUGAAACGUGCAGUUGGAAGUAAUUUCCCCAAAUUUGUGGAUUGGCGAAAGAAAGGCUAUGUGACUCCUGUGAGGAGACAGGGCAACUGCAAUGCUUGUUGGGCAUUUGCUGUGACUGGUGCCAUAGAAGCACAGGCAAUCUGGCAAACUGGAAAACUCACCCCUCUGAGUGUGCAGAACCUGUUGGACUGUUCUAAACCUCAAGGCAACAAUGGUUGUCUUGGGGGUGAUACAUACAAUGCCUUCCAGUAUGUUUUGCACAAUGGCGGUCUGAUGUCCGAGGCAACAUAUCCAUAUGAAGGGAAAGAUGGACCAUGCAGGUAUAAUCCAAAGAAUUCAUCUGCUGAAAUUACAGGAUUUGUGUCCCUCCCCCAAAGUGAGGAUAUCCUAAUGGUUGCUGUAGCAACCAUUGGGCCCAUCUCUGCUGGAAUUGAUGCUUCACAUGAGUCUUUCAAGUACUAUAAGGGAGGUAUUUAUCAUGAGCCAAAUUGUAGCAGUAAUUCUGUGACUCAUGGAGUUCUCGUGGUUGGUUAUGGAUUUGAGGGAAAUGAAACCGAUGGUAAUCACUACUGGCUGAUCAAGAACAGUUGGGGUAAAAAAUGGGGCAUUAGAGGCUACAUGAAGAUCGCCAAAGACAAGAACAAUCACUGUGGAAUUGCUUCAUAUGCUCACUACCCUACUAUUUGAGCAGUCUGAUAGCCACAAAGAGGCAUUUGUCAGAAGACAGCAUCUCUAGUGAGAGCUAUCUACUUGUCAGUGACCAGCAUUUGCUUGGAAUAUUCAAGUUCUGUGUCCCUGAAGAGCUACACUGUAAUGUGAAUUAUGUGACCCUUCAACUAUUUCAACAUUAUGAACACUAAUGUUCUAACUAAUGUAUGUUUAUUAUUCCUGCACAAAAUUUCAGUUUUACUGAUUGAGCAAAAAUAAAAU